AGUCACGAUUUGAACGGACGAUCGCCACUCCGGCGUAGCACAGAUUCCGCUCUUUCAGUAGAAAUUCGUUUGCCGUGCAAAACGCACGGAUGCGCCGGGCCUAUACCCAAUCGAAGAGAUAUAGAUAUAGACAUAAAGUCGGACAGAUAGAGUCGAGUUGGGAGAAAAGCAGUGAGAGGAAAACAAAAACAAAGGCAAAAAAAGUACAGAAAAAAAAGGAGAAAAGACACACUUCAUCUGAUCUGAUCAGCGGACCGAGAAAUACGCAAAAAUUGAUGGUUUAAAUAAAUAAAUAAAUGAUUUUUCGGUGCCACACAUGGCAAAGUGCAGUGCGCGUUUCACAUGCGGAUCAAGAUUCCUGCUGUAUCCAUAAUAAAAAUGCCAAAAUACCAAAGACACAAAUUCACGAAAUUAUUUCGAAAAUAACCUGCAGAAAACUCAUUAAUUUUCCAAAAGUCAAAAAACAUAAAUGUUCGUAUCUCACGGCUGCGAAAUCGUUGCUUUGUGGUGUAAUUUUAAACGCAUUUCUUGCGCUUGUUUUGACAUUGAAACGAAACAACAAUAACAAUCGGAAAAUUAAAUUGGAGGAAACACACGGGUAUACACCUGCCAUAAGAACAUCAGACUAUCCUCAGGGCAGCAGAGCACUGCUCGGAGAUCAGGAAAAAUCGGAAAACUUUGGAAUAUCGGGUUCGAGUUGAUCCAACAAUAUGACCACGCGUAUUCGGCGUAAAAAGUCCACGCUCACGGAGUUGAAGAUUGCCGUUGUUGGGGCGCCCAGUGUGGGCAAGAGCGCUUUAAUUGUGCGUUUCUUGACGAAGCGUUACAUCGGGGAGUACGAUCACCAGACUGAGAAUCGGUACAAGCACGAGGCCAUGGUGGACGGGGAACCGGUGCUGUUCGAGAUCCUCGACACCUGUCCCAAGGCCGAAGACGAAUACCCAAACGCAGCCGAACUUAUUCAGUGGGCCGAUGGCCUCCUACUGGUCUACUCCAUUACAGAUCGAAAGAGCUUCAACUACAUACGCCGGGCCAAGUCCGAUCUUCAGGCCGACACACCCGUCCAGUUGUGCGCCAACAAGGUGGACAUGGUGCACCUGCGCCAGGUGAGCCGCGACGAGGGCGAAAUCCUGGCCAAGGACUUUGAGUGCAAGUUCAGCGAGGUCUCCGCCGCAGACCACGUCGACCAGGUGGCCGAGGUCUUCAACGAGCUGUGCAAGGAGGUGCUCGCCUCCAAGCGGAAGUCCAAGCAGAGUCUUCUCGAGCGGAUGCUCGGCGGCUCCCGCCCCUACAGCCGAGGGAAGAGCGACAGCAAUUUGCCAAAAGACUGAUAGCGACGGUGACUCUAUAUUGUAAAUAAAUGUACAUUUUUCUAAAAAGUUGAA